AUGUCUGGGAAUAAAGGAGUCGUUAUCAAGGAAGCUAUGGUUGUCCUGAGGGAAUGGUGUGACGGAAAACACAAUGAAAAUCAAGUCAUUCCGUUAAGUUUGGCUCUAGAAAGAGCUAAGUGCAAACCGCUAGAUAGGACUUUCUUCAUGGUUGCUGAUCAACUAAUGAAGGCGAUAUCCCCAAAAGAGGUAGAAGGUUUCGUCUACAGACUGACAGAAAGACAUUGCAAGAGGCUUGCUAAGGCCGUAAUAAUCACCGAUCAGAAUAAAAUUGCCACCAUCAUGGAAGAAAACAUCCAAAAUUGUUUUCUCAUUCAGUCAAUGGUCAACGACUGGGUAGACGGACAGGAAUGCUGCAACUUCGAGAAGAGAUGCAUGCUUGAUGAUGCAACCAUCAAAAUUGGCCGCCAUGAUAUGACGGAUGCAUUUGGGACAACCAGCUACAGGGUUAAAACAGGUGAUAAUCUUGAAAGACCACAUCCUGAUGCUAGGACGUUCAAUAGCAGCAGUAUAUUCGAUGAUGAUCUGGCGUCCUUGCUAAAGCAUCUUCCUACAGGUGCGAUACCUUUGUUUCUUGAGAAGCUAGGCAUCUCAGUUGACGAGGAAGGUGACGAUUUGGAGAAGCUGCGAUGUUGGAGAGACCAAAAUAUCAAAGAAUCAAAAAGAUAUUCCCUGCAGGCCCUUGUUUCGAUCCAUAGUGAUGCAUUGAACGAGGCGAAUGACAGUCAUGUACUUGACGUGAACGAUGAUGAACUGGAGAACGUGAUUGCAAGCAUGACUUCCAUGAAACAGAUGGAAGAACUCACCUCAAGACUCGGGAUAAAAAACGACAAAGAGCAAUCACAUAUUCUUCAUCUCACAGAAUGGAGAAAUAGAUGUGAAAUGGACGAACGCCGUAAAACGCUGAGAGAAGCACUCAAUGCUAUGGAAUUACCAGGAAGCAUUCUUGACCGACUUCCUGCAGAACAUGUUUACCAAGCUGAGCUGGUACGUUUGGCAUGGAAAAUAUUUUAUAUCGAUGUUUGGCCAUUGACAACGCUUCUUGACAUGGACACGAAUAACGAGAAAUCAUUUGGGGAACAACAAACCAAAGGAACUGUACAUCUUCUGAUACAACUAUUGGAGAAGUCGAAGGGUCUUGAUAAACAUCGCCGUCGUGAUUUCUGUGUUGCUAUUAGAAAUCUUGGUUACUUCGAUGUUGCUCGAUCAGGCUAUUUUGGUUAUGACGCAAGCCUCAGCGAACUUUGUAACAUGACGUCGGGAUUGUCGGAAGACGAUAUGGUAAGAUUGGUCGACCGUCUUGGAUUGGAGAAAGAUGUUCUUUCAGUCUGUCGAGGAACAACAGAAGCAUACGACAACUUCAAACUUAUGAAGAUCUGGAGAAACCAGCUUAGACUUCAGCCACUUCACUUCAGAUUGGAGCUAGCUUUGGGUCUUCGCGCUGUUGGGAGAACCAAUAUUGCCAGUAGGAUUCUCGCCGGUGGGUACCACACUACGGAAGUCGGUUCCAGGGUUGUAGAAAGCAUUUGCAGUAGUCUAGAGGAUGACCAGCUGAAAAUGCUCUGUGAACACCUUACCUUGAAGGAUCAGAAUGACCAGAGUCCUACAACGGAUACAGCAACAGUUGUGACGGAGUGGGUAAGAAACUGGUUGGAAGAAUUUGACAAAUUUUCAGUGAUGAAAAUAAUCAUGGACAAGAUUGACCUCAGGAGAAAGAAGAUUGACAACCUGUUUAGUGCCGGAUUUGUCAUACUUGCUGAGGAAGUCAUGCUACUCGAGAUGUCCAUAAUUCUGUAUGGCAAAUCAGCCGAUAAGACAUGUGAGGAGACACCAAGCAAGGAUGAUUUUGAUGUCGAACCUGACAAUGAGGAGAAUCAGGUGGCAUCUAUGAAAUCUGAAAGCGAGCAAGCGAGUGAGGAGUGUCUGGAAAACGCUAGCGACCAGGGAUAUGUAAUCAUACCGAACAAUGAGGAAUAUGACGGGGGCUUCAUGCAAGUAUGA